CCACCACGGAAAAGAGAUAACAAGAAUAUAAAUCGUCGCCCGUCUUUUCAUGCUGCAGUCUGGUCGGUGGAGUAGAAGCAGAAGGAGCGGGCCUCCGUUUUCACACCACAAUAUCAACCUCGGAGCAACCGGCGGGUUCGUUUGCUCGAGGAUUUAUAGGACUUUCGAAUACAAUAUCUUGUAACUUGGUAACUUUUCGCUGUCACACAAAUACUCUUAAAUAGCAAAGAUCAAGUACAAGGGAAGUAAAGAAGACUGAAAAGAGAGACAAAAAAACAGAGUUCAGCGUGUUGCUUCAAAGUUACAGAAUGCAUUUUUCGGCGUUAAGGCAGACGCUUGCCUUAGCGGUCGUUGCCGUUGUGGUCCAGCAAACCCGAGGGGAGGCAUUUCACGAAUGUAAAUUCUGGAAUAAUUACAUUCGAGACACUACGAACAAGUGUCAGUACUACCAAUGUGUUCCCAGUACCUAUACGAAUGGCAACUGGCAGUUUAAGGCCACGCUGAUGAAAUGUGCUUACCCUACCAGCGUUCCCGAAGACUAUGACGAUCCCAGAGAGAGUGCGUUCGACGCGGUCUACACCAACCCUUGCUCAGGGACCAACUUCGGGUCUUGCGAGAUUAGCGGGACCGGGCCGGAACCGCGUGGUUGGACACAAUGGGGGACGUGGAGUGCAUGCAGUGUCACUUGUGGAAGUGGCUCACGCAGUCGCGUGCGUUCAUGUCCUCCUGGAUCCAACUGCGCUGGCGCCUCGAUAGAAGAAGAUGCUUGUAACUCCGGACCAUGCGUGGUAGCUCCUGGCAAACCCACAACUUUCGUCAAUGUUCUUGGCACCAGCAUGAACGUCACUUGGAUACCUGCUGACAGCAGAGCUACUGCUUACUACGUACAAUACAGACAACCAGGUCAGUUCGCAUGGAUAAACAGCAGAGAAGAAAUGUUUAAGAACUGGAUUUUGAUCCCAAACCUUUUCCUUGGAGCUUACGAAGUCCGUGUAGUUGCUAAGGGCGUGGGUGGACAAGAAACACCCAGCGACACUAAGACUGUCCAGAUUUUGGGUUCAGUUCCCGGUAAACCAAUGGCCACCAUCAAUGUGGUUGGCUCGAGUAUGAACGUGUCUUGGAUUCCCGCUGACAACCUGGCUACCAGUUACUACGUGGAGUACAGAAGGACGGGUGAUUUCAACUGGCAGAGGUCCAGGGAGGAGAGGUUUAACACCUGGUUGUGGUUACAAAAUCUCCCCCAAGGAAUCUAUGAAGUAAGGGUCGUCGCUAAGAACGCACAAGGACAAGAAACCCGCAGCGAUAUUUAUCCUGUGGAAAUCAAAGGAGCUGCACCCGGAAAGCCCACAGUCUAUCUUCAAGCAGUGAAUAAUGGCUUCAAUGUUUCGUGGACUGCUGCCGACAAUUUAGCCUCUGGUUUCUAUGCACAGUACCGCAGAGCAGGUGCCUUCCAGUGGAUGAGCACAAGGGAAGAACGCCGCAAUUCAUGGAUUUGGGUUCAGAAUCUUGGCUAUGGAACAUAUGAAGUUAGAGUUGUGGCAAGAAACAAUGGUGGACAAGAAACCAUCAGUGAUGUCUCUCGUGUGGAGCUCAAACAAGCAGGCCCCAGUGCUCCUGUGGUGUACUUUAACCAGCAAGGCAAUGGAGUAAAUGUUUCCUGGACUGCUGACCCAAUGGGUACUAUUUAUUAUGUGCAGUAUAGAAGACCAGGUUCAUUUGUGUGGCAGAGGUCUGAGGAAGAAAUGUUCAACAACUGGAUCUUCUUACGCAACCUUCAGCCAGGAACUUAUGAGAUGCGUGUGAUGGUUAGAGGAGUCAAUGGACAGGAAGUCCCCAGUCAAGUUUACACUUACGAAAUCCAACAACAAGGCCCCAGUGCUCCCAUGGUAUACUUUACCCAGCAAGGCAAUGGAGUGAAUGUUUCCUGGACUGCUGACCCAAUGGGCACUGUCUACUAUGUGCAGUAUAGAAGACCAGGUUCUUUUGUGUGGCAGAAGUCCCAAGAUGUGAUGACCAACAAUUGGAUCUUCUUAAGCAACCUUCAACCAGGAACUUAUGAGAUGCGUGUGAUGGUAAGAGGAGCCAAUGGACAGGAAGUCCCCAGUCAAGUUUACACUUAUGAGAUUCGACAACAAGGCCCCAGUGCUCCUAUGGUGUACUUUACCCAGCAAGGCAAUGGAGUCAAUGUUUCCUGGACUGCUGACCCAAUGGGCACUGUCUACUAUGUGCAGUAUAGAAGACCAGGUUCCUUUGUAUGGCAGAAGUCCCAAGAAGUGAUGAACAACAACUAUAUCUUCUUAAGCAAUCUUCAGCCAGGAACUUAUGAGAUGCGUGUGAUGGUUAGAGGAGCCAAUGGACAGGAAGUCCCCAGUCAAGUUUACACUUAUGAGAUCCAACGACAAGCCCCUGCCAAACCCACACAAGUUUUUGUAACAAAAUAUGGCCAAAGUGGCAUGAACAUCUCAUGGUUUCAGCCGCAGGGAGAUGGUGUUCUGACCUAUUACAUCCAGUACAGAAGGUCAGGUGACGUGCAGUGGAUGAGCUCUCCUGAGGAGCGUGGCAGGAACUGGAUUAUUGUGCAGAAUUUACCCAUGGGUGUGCGGUAUGAUACUCGCGUAGUGGUUAGAAACGCAGCAGGACAGGAGACUUACAGUGAUAUUUACUAUAUGGACAUGACCAGUGGUGGUGGUGAUGCUCCGAUCAAGCCCACCAAUGUGUAUAUCACUUACACUAUGUCUACCAUGAAUGUAACCUGGAGUUACAGCCCUCAGCAGACAAACCUGGUAUACUAUGUGCAGUACAGGCCAGUAGGUACAACAAAUUGGGUCAACUCUCCCCAAGUAAUGGGAGACCAGAGGUUCAUUUACAUCAGCGGCCUCCAGCCUGGGACUUCUUAUGAGACCCGCCUCGUUGCUAUGAACAUGGUCACUGGAGCAGAGACUGCCAGCGACCCCCAAAGAGUGGAUAUCAUGAUUGGUGGAGUAGUUGACCUUCGUGAAUGGAAUGCUUGGACAGCUUGUUCAGCUCAAUGUAAUGGUGGCACUCAGUUCAGAUACCGUGACUGCUUUGGUGUGGGAUGUAUGGGAAUUCAACUCAGAGAGCAAAGACCAUGUAACACUCAGGCUUGCACAUCCCAAACCAUUGGUCAAUGGGAGGCGUGGACAUCCUGUACUGCAGAGUGUGGCGGGGGUAUUCGUUACAGAAUCCGUACCUGUACUGGACCUUGUACUGCAGUGCAACGCUUUGAGAUCCAGACUUGCAACACACAGCACUGUGCAGGUGAUGUGACCUAUGGUCAGUGGAAUGCCUGGGAGGCCUGCAGUGUGACUUGUGGUGUGGGAAGGAGAGAGAGACACAGAAGUUGUACUGGAACCGGGUGUGCCUUGGCUGAGACUGGACAGAUACAGUCUUGCUACUUCAGGGAAUGCGCCAGCAUGGAUCUUCAUGAAUGGGGAGUAUGGACAACAUGUACCAAACCUUGUGAUGGAGGUGUGCAAUAUCGCUACCGUGAAUGUUUUGGAAUGGGCUGCGACAAAGUACCCCAAAGAGAAGACAAGCCUUGCAACACUGCACCUUGUGUGAAUGUUCAAGCCUGGGGUGAGUGGGGAGUUUGUUCCAAGGAAUGUGAUGGCGGAUUCCAGACCAGAGCUCGUACCUGCACUGGACUUGGCUGCGAUAUGGUUCAGAAGACUGAGCAGAGGCCAUGUAAUACCCAGUCAUGCAUGGAUCUUCAUGAUUGGGGUGCCUGGGGAAUGUGUUCUGCCCAGUGUAAUGGUGGAAGACAAUUCCGAUUCCGUGAAUGUUAUGGCACUGGUUGUAACAGCGCCAAAUUGCAGGAAGAGAAACCAUGUAACACACAGCCUUGCUUGGACAUCAGUCAGUGGGGACAAUGGGGCACCUGCUCAGUCACCUGUGGUGGUGGUGUGAAGACCAGGGCUAGACAAUGUUUCGGAGUUGGAUGCGGUGGGGUGCUGCUCACUGAACAGAUGCCGUGUAAUCCAAACCCUUGCUCCACUACCAGCCAAUGGACUCAGUGGGGUCCGUGCAGUGUGACAUGUGGCGCGGGAGAACAGGCUCGCACCAGGACAUGCACAGGAGCUGCAUGUGCAGGACAACCUCUGCGCGAAACCAGAAUAUGUCAGCUGCAGCCAUGUACUGAUUUGACUCAGUGGACUGCUUGGGGUCCUUGCUCAGUCACUUGUGGUGAUGGGAGACAGUUUAGGACCAGGUCCUGCACAGGGCCUGGCUGUGUAGGCUCUAGUUUGACAGAGAGCAGGUUUUGUAGCAUGCCUCAGUGUAGAGCUCUGUCUCAGUGGACUCAAUGGGGAACAUGCUCUGUCACCUGUGGGGAUGGAACUCAGAAGAGAAUGAGGACUUGCACUGGAGCAGGCUGUCAAGGUGUCAGCUUAGAGGAAACCAGAUCAUGUAGCCAGCAGGCCUGCACUACUUUGUCCCAGUGGACACAGUGGGGAUCUUGUUCUGUAACUUGUGGUGAUGGAUUACAAUUCAGAACUAGAACAUGUACUGGAAAUGGUUGUCAAGGUUACAACCUGGAAGAGCGCAGAGUUUGUCGACAACAAGCCUGCACUACUUUGUCCCAGUGGACACAGUGGGGAUCUUGUACUGUUACUUGUGGUGAUGGAUUACAAUUCAGAACAAGAACAUGUACUGGUACCGGUUGUCAAAGUUACAACCUGGAAGAGCGCAGAGUUUGUCAACAACAGGCCUGCACUACUUUGUCCCAGUGGACACAGUGGGGAUCUUGUUCUGUUACUUGUGGUGAUGGAUUACAAUUCAGAACUAGAACAUGUACUGGUAAUGGUUGUCAAGGUUACAACCUAGAAGAAAGCAGAGUUUGUCGACAACAAGCUUGUACUACUUUGUCCCAGUGGACACAGUGGGGAUCUUGUACUGUUACUUGUGGUGAUGGAUUACAAUUCAGAACUAGAACAUGUACUGGUAAUGGUUGUCAAGGUUACAACCUGGAAGAAAGCAGAGUUUGUCGACAACAGGCUUGUACUACUUUGUCCCAGUGGACACAGUGGGGAUCUUGUACUGUUACUUGUGGUGAUGGAUUACAAUUCAGAAGUAGAACAUGUACUGGUAAUGGUUGCCAAAGUUACAACCUAGAAGAAAGCAGAGUUUGUCAACGUCAAGCCUGCACUACUUUGUCCCAGUGGACACAGUGGGGAUCUUGUUCUGUUACUUGUGGUGAUGGAUUACAAUUCAGAACUAGAACAUGUACUGGUAAUGGUUGUCAAGGUUACAAUCUAGAAGAAAGCAGAGUUUGUCGACAACAAGCUUGUACUACUUUGUCCCAGUGGACACAGUGGGGAUCUUGUACUGUUACUUGUGGUAAUGGAUUACAAUUCAGAAGUAGAACAUGUACUGGUGAUGGUUGCCGAAGUUACAACCUAGAAGAAAGCAGAGUUUGUCAACGUCAAGCCUGCACUACUUUGUCCCAAUGGACACAGUGGGGAUCUUGUACUGUUACUUGUGGUGAUGGAUUACAAUUCAGAACUAGAACAUGUACUGGUAACGGUUGUCAAGGUUACAACCUAGAAGAAAGCAGAGUUUGUAGACAACAAGCUUGUACUACUUUGUCCCAGUGGACACAGUGGGGAUCUUGUUCUGUUACUUGUGGUGAUGGAUUACAAUUCAGAACUAGAACAUGUACUGGUAAUGGUUGCCAAGGUUACAACCUAGAAGAAAGCAGAGUUUGUCAAAGACAGGCUUGUACUACUUUGUCCCAGUGGACACAGUGGGGAUCUUGUACUGUUACUUGUGGUGAUGGAUUACAAUUCAGAACUAGAACAUGUACUGGUAAUGGUUGCCAAGGUUACAACCUGGAAGAAAGCAGAGUUUGUCAACGUCAAGCCUGCACUACUUUGUCCCAGUGGACACAGUGGGGAUCUUGUACUGUUACUUGUGGUGAUGGAUUACAAUUCAGAAGUAGAACAUGCACUGGUAAUGGUUGUCAAGGUUAUAACCUAGAAGAAAGCAGAGUUUGUCGACAACAGGCCUGCACUACUUUGUCCCAGUGGACACAGUGGGGAUCUUGUUCUGUUACUUGUGGUGAUGGAUUACAAUUCAGAACUAGAACAUGCACUGGUAAUGGUUGUCAAGGUUACAACCUAGAAGAGAGCAGAGUUUGUCGACAACAAGCCUGCAUUACUUUGUCCCAGUGGACACAGUGGGGAUCUUGCACUGUUACUUGUGGUGAUGGAUUACAAUUCAGAAGUAGAACAUGUACUGGUAAUGGUUGCCAAAGUUACAACCUGGAAGAAAGCAGAGUUUGUCAAAGACAGGCCUGCAUCAACUUGUCACAGUGGUCGGCCUGGGGCACCUGUUCUGUCACGUGUGGAGAGGGUAUGGAGAUGAGAACCAGAACUUGCGUUGGCAGCAACUGUGCCAACCAACAGACACAGGAGACCAGACCUUGCACUCGUCCUGCUUGCCAGGUUCUUGGUGAUUGGGGUCAGUGGACUACAUGCUCUGCCACGUGCGGAGGUGGCAUGCAGUUCCGUAAUCGUCCCUGCUCUGGCAAUGCCUGUCAGUUCUUGAGAACACGAGAGAGCCGAUCCUGCAACACUGACCAGUGUGUUGUCCAGGCCCAGGUGUCCCAGUGGACUCAGUGGGGUCAGUGUAGUGCCCAGUGUGGUACUGGACAGCAGGAGAGAACCAGACAGUGCAUGGCUGGGGACUGUACUGGAAUGAUGCUGAGGGAAUCACAGAAUUGCAAUACACAACCAUGUGUCCAAUAUGGCCAGUGGACUCAAUGGGGCACCUGCUCAGUAACCUGUGGUAGUGGUGUCCAGAGACGUACCCGUACCUGCAGUGGACUGCAAUGUAAUCUGAACCCAGGAGCCCUUGAGGAGACGAGAGCUUGUACCCUGCAGGACUGUGUGUCUGUGAGCCUGAGUGAGUGGGGCCAGUGGGGAGCUUGUAAUGCUGAAUGUGAUGGAGGCGUGCAGAUCAGGAACAGAGCUUGUUUUGGCAACGGCUGCCAAGGACAACGUCUCCAGGAGACCAGAAGUUGUAACCAACAGCCUUGUGUGUCUCUCUCCCAGUGGGGUCAGUGGUCAGUUUGUCCAGUCACCUGUAAUGGUGGCACUCAGGUCAGGUCUAGGGCCUGCUUUGGCAGUGGGUGUGCCGAUGUCCAGUUACAGGAGUCUCGCCCAUGUGGACAGGAACCUUGUGUAUCAGAACCACAGGUUACAGAAUGGGGUCAGUGGACGCAGUGCACUGCAACUUGCAAUGGUGGAAUACAGUUCCGUAGCCGCGCUUGCUUUGGUGCUGCAUGCGUUGGUGUGCAAUUGCAAGAAUCACAAGCAUGCAACCAACAACCAUGUGUCAGUGUUACUGAAUGGAGCAACUGGGGCCAGUGUUCUGCUGAGUGCGAUGGUGGUCUCCAGGUCCGCCAAAGAACAUGCACAGGUGGCGCUGUAAAUUGCCAGAACGUACAACUGCAGGAGUCAAGAGCCUGUAACUCACAGCCAUGUGUGACCCUCACCCAGUGGAGUGAGUGGGGCACCUGCUCUGUGACUUGUGGGCAAGGUCUUCAGUUCAGAAACCGUCAGUGCACAGGCAGUCGCUGUGCUGCAGUCAUCAAACAGGAGUCCAGACCCUGCACUCUCCAGCAGUGCCCAAGUACUAACACUGGUCCAGUGAAACCAUCGGUGUUUGUGAGUCCUUUGUCCACCGGGCAAGGUGUUAAUGUAACCUGGGUACCUCAGACCCCCAACAUGGGCUACACAUAUGUCCUGCAGUACCGUACACCUGGUGCUUUCUCCUGGACUAGUGGUGGUAUGGAAACUUUCCGAGGGUGGAUGGUUGUGCCAAACCUUCCUCUAGGCACCUAUGAGAUGAGAGUGAUUGUUACUGCACCCAAUGGACAGGAGACUGUCAGUGACAUCAUCAGAGCUGAGGUGGCCAACCAAGGUCCAGUACUCCCCAAUCUGAUCUUCUCCCAGAGCCCCACAGGUUUGAAUGUGUCCUGGGUCCCCACUGACUCUGGACAUAACCACAUUGUGCAGUACAAGAGAUCAACUGAAUUUACAUGGACCACAGCAGGCGAAGAGAGAUUUAGAAACUACCUUAUAAUCCCCAACCUGACUCCAGGAAGCUAUGAAUUCCGUGUAAUUGUGAGAAACAACCUUGGCGUGGAGACUGUGACUGAUGUCUACAGGGUUGAAGUCAGGGAGACCUCUGGUGGACAGACAGGUCCAGCUUUACCAAACUUCAACAUUCAACAGACAACCACUGGAACUGGUUUGAACAUUUCGUGGGUGCCCGUCCCUGGCCUUCCGCGUAAUACUUACAUUGUUCAGUACAGAAGACCAGGUGAGCUUACUUGGACCAGUGGAGGCCAGGAGUCCUUCAAUAACUUCAUUAUCAUUCCAAGUCUCCCUACUGGCACCUAUGAGUUCAGAAUCAUUGUAAGAAACAAUCUUGGACAAGAAACUAUCAGCCAGAUCUUUAGAGUGGAGGUCAGACAAGCCAGUGGAACAACAGGUCCACAGAUGCCCAACUUCAAUGUGGCCUCUACAGGAGUGGGGACUGGACUGAAUGUCUCCUGGGUGCCAAUCCCUGGGGCCUUCGGAAACACAUACAUUGCCCAGUUCAGACAACCAGGAGCACCAACCUGGACUGUGGGCGGUCAGGAUACCACAAACAACUACAUCAUUAUCCCCAACCUCCCCGUCGGAACUUAUGAGUUUAGAAUGAUUGUGAGGAACAACCUGGGUCAGGAAACUGUUAGCCAGAUCUUCAGAGUUCAAGUCCAAGCAGCAGGUGAUACAUUAGGAGAGUGGAGUCCAUGGGGGGUGUUUGAGAUGGCGUCAGGCAGGUUUAUCCCAGACCAGUGUACCAGACCAUGUGGCGGUGGCAAGCAGUUCCGUGGCAGACAGUGUAUGGGAACUGAGGCUUUCUGUAGAAGCCAGCAGCUGGAGGAAGAACAGGACUGCAACACACAGCCCUGUACUAACAGCACUUCAGGAGAUAGCCUUGGUGAAUGGGGUCCUUGGGGAGUUGUAGAAAUGGCCACAGGAAGAUUUAUUGAGGGAGAAUGUACAAGACCAUGUGAUGGCGGAGUUCAAUUUCGUGGGCGCCCAUGUACAGGCUCUCAGAGUUUCUGUAUGGGCCAACAGUUAGAAGAAGUCCGAGAUUGCAAUACUCAGCCAUGUGGACCAGGAAAUGGAACUAACACAGGAGGAGAUAGCCUUGGAGAAUGGACACCUUGGGGAGUUGUAGAAAGAACCUCAGGAAGAUUUAUAGAGGGAGAAUGUACAAGACCAUGUGAUGGUGGAGUCCAGUUCCGUGGUAGACAGUGUAGAGGCUCUCAGAGCUUCUGUAUGAGUCAGCAGUUAGAAGAAGUCCGAGAUUGUAAUACUCAGCCAUGUGGACCAGGAAAUGGAACUAACACAGGAGGAGAUAGCCUUGGAGAAUGGACACCUUGGGGAGUUGUAGAAAUGGCGUCAGGAAGAUUUAUAGAAGGAGAAUGUACAAGACCAUGUGAUGGCGGAGUCCAGUUCCGUGGUCGCCAAUGUACAGGCUCUCAGAGCUUCUGUAUGAGUCAGCAGUUAGAAGAAGUCCGAGAUUGUAAUACUCAGCCAUGUGGACCAGGAAAUGGAACUAACACAGGAGGAGAUAGCCUUGGAGAAUGGACACCUUGGGGAGUUGUAGAAAGAACCUCAGGAAGAUUUAUAGAGGGAGAAUGUACAAGACCAUGUGAUGGUGGAGUCCAGUUCCGUGGUAGACAGUGUAGAGGCUCUCAGAGCUUCUGUAUGAGUCAGCAGUUAGAAGAAGUCCGAGAUUGUAAUACUCAGCCAUGUGGACCAGGAAAUGGAACCAACACAGGAGGCGAUAAUCUUGGAGAAUGGACACCUUGGGGAGUCGUGGAAAUGGCGUCAGGAAGAUUUAUAGAAGGAGAAUGUACAAGACCAUGUGAUGGCGGUGUCCAGUUCCGUGGUCGCCAAUGUACAGGCUCUCAGAGUUUCUGUACCAGUCAGCAGUUAGAAGAAGUCCGAGAUUGUAAUACUCAGCCAUGUGGACCAGGAAAUGGAACUAGCACAGGAGGAGAUAGUCUUGGAGAAUGGACACCUUGGGGAGUCAUGGAAAUGGCGUCAGGAAGAUUUAUAGAAGGAGAAUGUACAAGACCAUGUGAUGGAGGAGUCCAGUUCCGUGGUCGCCAAUGUACAGGCUCUCAGAGCUUCUGUAUGAGUCAGCAGUUAGAAGAAGUCCGAGAUUGUAAUACUCAGCCAUGUGGACCAGGAAAUGGAACCAACACAGGAGGAGAUAGCCUUGGAGAAUGGACACCUUGGGGAGUGGUAGAAAGAACCUCAGGAAGAUUUAUAGAGGGAGAAUGUACAAGGCCAUGUGAUGGCGGAGUCCAGUUCCGUGGUAGACAGUGUACAGGCUCUCAGAGCUUCUGUAUGAGUCAGCAGUUAGAAGAAGUCCGAGAUUGUAAUACUCAGCCAUGUGGACCAGGAAAUGGAACUAACACAGGAGGAGAUAGUCUCGGAGAAUGGACACCUUGGGGAGUCAUGGAAAUGGCAUCAGGAAGAUUUAUAGAGGGAGAAUGCACAAGACCAUGUGAUGGUGGAGUCCAGUUCCGUGGUAGACAGUGUAGAGGCUCUCAGAGCUUCUGUAUGAGUCAGCAGUUAGAAGAAGUCCGAGAUUGUAAUACUCAGCCAUGUGGACCAGGAAAUGGAACUAACACAGGAGGAGAUAACCUCAGUGAAUGGACACCUUGGGGAGUUGUAGAAAGAACCUCAGGAAGAUUUAUAGAAGGAGAAUGUACAAGACCAUGUGAUGGCGGAGUCCAGUUCCGUGGUCGCCAAUGUACAGGCUCUCAGAGUUUCUGUAUGAGUCAGCAGUUAGAAGAAGUCCGAGAUUGUAAUACUCAGCCAUGUGGACCAGGAAAUGGGACUAACACAGGAGGAGAUAGUCUUGGAGAAUGGACACCUUGGGGAGUUGUAGAAAUGGCGUCAGGAAGAUUUAUAGAGGGAGAAUGUACAAGACCAUGUGAUGGCGGAGUCCAGUUCCGUGGUAGACAGUGUAGAGGCUCUCAGAGCUUCUGUAUGAGUCAGCAGUUAGAAGAAGUCCGAGAUUGUAAUACUCAGCCAUGUGGACCAGGAAAUGGAACCAACACAGGAGGAGAUAGCCUUGGAGAAUGGACACCUUGGGGAGUUGUAGAAAUGUCAUCAGGAAGAUUUAUAGAGGGAGAAUGUACAAGACCAUGUGAUGGCGGAGUCCAGUUCCGUGGUAGACAGUGUAGAGGCUCACAAAGCUUCUGUAUGAGUCAGCAGUUAGAAGAAGUCCGAGAUUGUAAUACACAGCCAUGUGGUUCCUCUUCUGGAACUGCUGGUGUCACUGGGCCAACAGGGGCAGGUCCAUUACCAACCACAAAUACUGGAGCAGCUGGAGGAAGUGGUACUAGCAGUCCCAGCAUACCAGGACUGGGUGAGUGGGGUCCCUGGGGUAUGGUAGACACAUCCACAGGACAGUUUGUGGAAGACAUGUGUUCAAGACCAUGUGACGGAGGAUUGCAGCUACGAUCGAGGCGAUGUGACCAAGGCAAUUGCCAAGGAGUGGAGCUGGAAGAAAUUCGUGAUUGCAACACCCAGCCAUGUUCUGGCUCAAUAGGAGCAACAGGCCCAGUGGGUCAAGCAGGAGGAUCUGGUACUGGCAGCACAGGAGGUGACAACUUCCAACUGGGAGAAUGGAGUCCAUGGGGUGUGGUGGAGCUGGCCACUGGGAACUUCAUCCCAGGGCAGUGUACCCGUACCUGUGGGGGAGGAGCCCAGUUCCGUGGCAGACAGUGCACAGGUGCUGGUUGUAACACUGUGGACCCCAGACAACUGGAGGAAAGCAGGGAAUGUAACACUGAGCCAUGCCAGGGGACAGGGGGCAGCACAGGCCCUUCUGGAGGGGCAGGAGGUUCAACAGGACCAACAGGUGGUGAUGUCACUUUAGGCCAGUGGGGAGAAUGGGGUGUGGUGGAGCUUGCCACCAAUAACUUCAUCCCCAACCAGUGUACCACUCCAUGUGGAGGCGGCAUCCAGUUCCGUAGACGUGAGUGCACAGGUGCCCCACUAGCAUGCCAAGCACAGCAGGUCGAAGAAGUGAGGACAUGUAACCAGCAGCCAUGUACUGAUGGCAGUGGUACAGGUGGAGGUGCAGGAGGCAACUACGAGUGGGGACCCUGGGGACCAUGGGGGGUAGUGGAGCUGUCAUCAGGAGAGUUCAUCGUUGGAGAAUGCACCCUUCCUUGCGGUGGAGGAUUCCAGUUUAGGACCAGGAACUGCUCUAGGGGAGAGUGCCCACCACCAUUCCCACCAGAUGCCAGCCAAUCACAGAGGUGUAAUGAGGACCCCUGUGAAGGUGGUCAGGGCGGCCCUGCACCUGGUCCACUCCCUGGACCUCAAGUGCCACCCCAGAUUUCUGGAUUUUCCCAAUGGACAGAUUGGUCUCCUUGCCCAGUCCAGUGCGGUGGAGGUAACCACACCAGAAGCAGGACAUGUGCCUCAGGAGACCCCAGUACCUGUCAGGGAGACCUGGUACAAGGAAAGCCAUGCAACACCAUCAAGUGCAACUCUAUAGUCAGUGCCAACAUGGUUGAUGCACACAUAGCACUCAAUGGACAAGACUCUGGAUUCUCUUUCUUCUGCUGGAUAAAUCAAGAAUUUAGCAACCAGUGCACAUUCAAUUCUCCGGGUGGCACUGCCAAUGCCUACUACAUGGAUGGUAAUGAUGACAAAUCCGAGGUGUACAUCCGCGAAGACUUCACGAAGAACGACUUCACACUCUCCAUCUGGGCCCGCCCAGUCCAGGUUGAUGACAGAAUCCUUCUUGCAUACUGGGACUGGCAAUUCGCUUGGCGCCAGAAGUUCCUGUUUGGAAUCAAGGACUCCCAGGUUGAAAUGAAGGUUCGCAACGAGAUGGAGGAGGAUCUGUACGAUCUCCGUGGUGGUCAAGUGAGAGCUGGAAUGUGGAACCAUAUUGUGGUCACUUAUCAGAAAGCAACCAACACCAUGAACAUCUACCUUAAUGGAGUCAGAGUGGGCAGCCAAACCAUCACAGAUCCUGUCAAGAACAAGGAAAUUAUGCCCAUGUAUAUGGAUAGAUUUGCACCAGAUGUUUUCCAACUUGGUUGGAUGCCAAACCCACAGAACGAGCGUGCAUACAAUGGCCAUAUGAAGGACCUGUUGGUCCUAAAUAGGUCUCUGUCAGAUAACGAAGUCCGUGCUUUGUUCCAGGAGAACUUGUGGUAAACGGUCUGUUAUAGGGAAUUACUUUGCAUUGCACUGAAUGUGCAGAUUCUUUGCAAACUUUAUAGACUCUUUUUGAACUCUUUAUCAUAUUACAUACCAAAGUGAGAUAUAUUAUUGUGAUUAUUUUCAACUAACAUGAAUUGUCACUGAAAGGCUUUAGAAGGUUAAUGAUUAUUUUUCUGAUUAACAUUUUGUAAGAAUACAACCAGGACAAUAAACAUGUUAUGCUUAA